AUGCCUCCGGCACGAGGUGUCCGCUCGCGCGGUGUUACAAAUGAGAACGAUGAAAAUGGACCAACUACGCGUCUAACGAGAGCAAAAGCCGCGGCCCUUUCGGGUGCAGAUGCUGGCGCCACGAAGAAGCCACUCCAGACAAAGAAGGCAGCUUCUAACAUAUCGACUGCCGGAACACAUAGAAAGCGCGCUGCCCUUGGUGACGUUAGCAAUGUCACAAAGACCGAGAAUGGCGAGACUAAGGACGUAAAGAAACCAACAGCGAAGGCAAGCGCGUCCACGAAGGCUACAACACAGACAUCUGGUGUCCAGAAAAUCACCCGAACAAAUUCAUCACGAACAGCUUUAGGGUCGAAGGACCAGAACGCGAAAAAGCCCGCACCUGAAACAAAGCGCCCCGGUAGCGGUGUCAAGCGAUCUUCGAGUCAGAAAUCAAUAGUCGCAGAAACCUUGCAGGAAGAGGAACCCCCACGCAAGAGGGUCGAUCUCCAAAAGGCCGCUCCAGUAAAGUCGUCGACUUCAACCAGUCAAAAGCAGGAACAGGAAUCUGUCGCGGAACCAGAAGAUGAAGAGGGCCAUGACUACGUCAUGAACCUGGACGAAGAAGACUUGGACGACCCGCUUAUGGCCGCCGAAUACGUGGUCGAGAUCUUCGAUUACUUGAGGCAGCUCGAACUAGAGACCAUGCCAAACCCUGAUUAUAUUGAGCACCAGCCGGACCUUGAAUGGAAGAUGCGUGGCAUCCUCGUUGACUGGUUAAUUGAAGUCCACACAAAUUUCCGUCUCCUUCCUGAAACUCUUUUCCUCGCAGUCAAUAUCAUCGACCGCUUUCUCUCGGCCGAAGUUGUCGCACUUGAUCGCCUGCAAUUGGUUGGAGUCACUGCCAUGUUCAUCGCAUCUAAGUAUGAGGAAGUAUUAUCGCCUCAUGUGGUCAACUUCAGCAGGGUUGCCGACGACACCUUCUCAGAAAAGGAGAUCCUGGAUGCGGAACGGCACGUCCUGGCUACUCUUGAAUACAACAUGAGCUAUCCCAACCCAAUGAAUUUCCUGCGUCGGAUUUCGAAGGCAGACAACUAUGACAUUGAAACCCGAACUCUCGGGAAGUACCUUAUGGAGAUCAGUUUAUUGGACCAUAGGUUCAUGUGCUAUGCUCAGAGCCAUGUCGCAGCUGCCGCAAUGUACCUUGCACGUGUUAUACUAGGUCGCGGUCCUUGGGAUGCAACACUUGCUCACUACGCGGGAUAUACUGAAGAAGAUAUCUUGCCCGUGGUUACAUUGAUGGUUGACUAUCUUCACCGUCCUGUCUGCCAUGAAGCGUUCUUCAGGAAAUACUCAAGCAAGAAGUUCCUCAAGGCUUCUAUCUUGAUUCGGCACUGGGCAAAAAAGUAUCACCACCUGUAUAUCGACAGCCGCGUCGCAUCUCACAGCCAUAAAGAUAACGACUUGUAA